AUGGAAUCGAGCGGUCUGAGGAAGAGAGUAGCCGAUAUGAUGGAUGGGGGCAAGUACAAGCCAAAAGGCUAUGGGAUGGCCGGCGCCGGCCAGAGGCUCCCAUGUGCGCUGCUUCUGCUGCUGGUUCUCGCCGGCACCGCGUUGAGCGUCGUCGUCAUGCACAAGGUCAGGGAGCAGCGCGCCUUUGCUGUGGUUCUCAAGGAACGGGACGUGCAGGCCGUCUCCCUCCGGAUCCAACUCNNNAAAGAGAAGGCAUAUGGCAAAGAGACGAAGAGGAAGGCGGAAGAAAUGAAGGCCACAAUGUCUUCCCUGAGAACACAGAAGACAGACCUGAAAACAAAGCUCAAGACGCUGGAAGCCACAGCCACAAUCCUCAAGAACGCGCAGAAAGAACUCGAAGCAUCUCUCAAGGAGAGAGAGAGCCGCAUCAGCCAAAUGGAAGGGAAAGCCGCAAAUCUUCACAGCACCCGGAAAGCACUAGAAGCAUCUCUCAAGGAACGAGAAAACCACAUCAAGCAAAUGCAAGAUAAAGUCACGAGUCUUGAGAAAACUCAGAAGGAACAGGAGCUGUCUCUAAAGGCGAGAGACAGCCGCAUCAGCCAACUGGAAGAGAAAACCGCCGCAGCGUCAAAUCCUGACCAGAUGGCAGCUCUAAUGGAAAUCCUGCAGCGGAAGGAAGCCGAGCUCGAGGAGAUCAAGACCAGGUUCCAGGACUACAGGACUACAGACAGAAAGGUCGUAGGUAGUAAGAGCACUUCGGCACGAACAAACCCAACGACACCUGCCGUUGUAGUAGCAGGAAAGGUUACAAACUCCAGCAGGAAUAGUACUAUACCUGCUAGAUCAGAAGAGAAGAGAGCUGGCAACACCACAGUGACAGAAAGCAAAAUUCAGAAACCGAAGACCAGAUCUUUAGAAGAAAAGCAAGUGAAGCUCGCAGUCAGAGGCAGCACACGAGUUGAUGAAUUGCAGGAGCAAGAUACUGAUUUCUUAGAUAUGGAUGAUAUUUAUGGAGACAGCCAUGCCAAGAAGUCUGAACUUGCUCGGCGGAACAAGAAGGUUUUGCCCGACAGUCAUGUUGAAAACCAAAAAUCAGGGCACCCCCUGGACCAGCAGGACAGCCACCAUGUCAGAUAUAACAAGCUACUUGAGAAGGAAAACAUCAAACCGGAUGAAACCAAGAAGAAGAACAGUACUGUUGGGCCCUUGGAAAAGAUCUCCAAAGAUGAAACCAAGACGAAGAACAGUGCUGUUGGGCACUUGGAAAAGAUCUCCAAAGAUGAAACCAAGAAGAAGAACAGUACUGUUGGGCACUUGGAAAAGAUCUCCAAAGAUGAAACCAAGAAGAAGAAUAGUACUGUUGGGCACUUGGAAAAGAUCUCCAAAGACAGCUUAAGCGACGUCAACCUAGACAGACCGAGACAAGGGGUGGCUGCUGCUGCUGAUGUGAAGCCCAAGGUGCCUGUAAAUGAUGAUUUGCAGCAAAACAAGAAGCAGAAGAACAAAAAGCCCAAAUCCAAGAAGAAGGUGGUCGAUACUUCAACUUGGUGA